AAUUUAUAAAGAAUAGUUUAAGCCACCUUCACCUCACAAGCAAGCAACCCUCUUUCUUCUUCCUUAUAUGUAUUCUUCCAAGACUCUCAUUCUCAUUACUUCCAGUUCAAGUUCCCUAAACUAUGGAAGAUGAAGGGCCAUCUUUCCUCAUCUCCGGAAACAAGGCAAUUUUUACCCGCUUAGAUUAUCCAGGAGUUGAAUUGAAGAGCUUUACCUCUUGUCUCAAAUGGGUUUGUGUUGAUCAAUCUAGUAUUUGGAAAGCUGUUCUUUCAUGGUCGAUCUUCUUUCUUCUCGCCAUUAUCUCUCCUCUGGUAUCGCAUUUUUUUCUUCUGUGUUCAACAUGUGAUAAGAAUCACCAGAGACCUUAUGACACGAUCGUCCAAUUGUCUCUCUCUGUUUUUGCAACGAUCUCGUUUUUAAGUCUCUCUUUUUGGGCUCGGAAAUAUGGAGUCAAUCGGUUUCUGUUUCUUGAUAAAUUGCCUGAAGAAAGUGAAAAGGUUAAACAAGGAUAUGCAGCACAACUUAGAAGAUCAAUGAAGCUCCUUUGUACCUUUGUCCUUCCCUGUUUUGCGUUUGAGUGUGCCUACAGAAUUUGGUGGUAUGCCACUGGAGCAUCAGAAAUACCCUACUACAUAAACAUCUAUGCCAGUGACAUUAUUGUGUGCACAUUGCAGCUCUUGUCAUGGCUUUAUCGGAUAGCCAUUUAUAUACUGGCCUGCAUAUUGUACCAACUGAUUUGCUAUCUGCAAAUUAUAAAAAUGGAUGACUUUGCUCAAGUUUUUCAAAAAGAAACUGAGGUUGGUUCAAUCUUGAAAGAGCAUUUCAAAAUCAGAAGAAAUCUCAGGGUUAUAAGCCAUCGGUUUCGGGCUUUCAUUUUGUUGUCUCUAGUUUUGGUCACGGCAAGUCAGUCCAUAUCUCUUCUUAUGACCAUCCGGUCCAGUGCCAAUAACAACAUUUUUGAAGCAGGAGAAUUAGCACUCUGCUCCAUUAGCCUGGUGACAGGACUCUUCAUAUGCCUGCGAAGUGCAACAAAGAUCACACAUAAAGCACAGUCCAUUACAAGCCUUGCUGCAAAAUGGCAUGUCUGUGCCACAAUCAACUCCUUUGAUGACCUGGAUGGUGAGACCCCAACAACUCAGACUGCUUCCUCCCAAGUCUUUCCGGUCGAUGCUUAUUGCAUAUCAGAUGAUGAGGAAGAAGAUGGAGAUGAUAUAGAUAACACCAGAAUGUUUCCUAUAUUCGCACAUACAAUAUGUUUCCAGAAGAGGCAAGCUCUAGUGACUUAUUUGGAAAACAACAAAGCGGGUAUUACAUUGUAUGGAUUUAUGCUAGACAGAACAUGGAUUCACACCAUUUUUGGGAUUGAACUAGCUCUAUUGCUUUGGUUGCUCAAUAAAACACUUGUGAACUUGUAAUACGUCCAGACAAAUCACAUCUUGAUAAAACGCGAAAGAGAUGUUGAAAACAUGUUCAUCUCAUAUCAUUUGAGGUUAUUAAUGUUAGCGGAAGAUUAGUUGGUCGUUUGUGAGCUCCUCAAUUAUCAAAAUAUGAUACCCAGAAGUAAAAGAUUCCAAAAUAAACAAUAUCUUUAUAGUGGAUAGGUAACAGAAAUCUGACUUCGUCCAUUUUGUUGGAGGCAGAGAUUGUGAGGCAGCUCUAUUGUGCCUAAUUGGGAAAUUGAUCAUUUUACUAUAUGAGAAAAAAAGGGUCGAGUUUACCGUAAGAAAGCAGGAGUUCCAUAAUGUCUCAAGAUUCAAGAACCAUGUUGUAGCUUGAAGGUUCACAUCAUUACAUUUGUUUCUGAAAUUCUCAUGUAUAGCAGCAGAUGAAAUAGCCCUGAAUUCUGCCUUCUCACAGUUUGUAGAAAAUAACAUCUUUAUUCCUAAUUUGGGGUUUCUUGAAUCA